AUGACGCGACGUCGAUUGAUGACGGCACUUAAGCAUAUUAGAUUCGACGAUAUUCUACAACAUGUAGAAGUACCACAUAUAAUCAUUGAAGGCAAUGACUCUUUGCCAAAUACCCCUAAACUUCGUGAUUAUUCGGCAAAAACGGACUUAGGCGGCAACGGACGUGCGGAUCUAGUGUUUAUAUUUAGAUGGCUACGGAGCAAGGGUGUACAAACGAUAAUCCAAGUCAUUGUCGACGACUUAGGGUCUACAGCCCACGGAGAUGAAUCGAUUGAAAAAGCACUCAGUGGCUUUGGAGUUGAGAUUUGGAAUUGGAAGAAGAGAGACUUGUGCUCCGAGGUAAUCAUCAACACGGCGCCAAAUGUGCAAGUCGUAUAUCUAUAUUGGAGUGGAAAUAACGCUGUUCUACGGGGUUGGUGUGACGAGGGUGGUUUGAAGAAAUUAAAAGAGUUGCGCAAAAUUCACAUUCAUGGCCAGCAGGGCUUUGACUCUUAUUCUCGCACCGAGUCCAAUCUUGAGUACUUCAAAAGUCGGAUGAUUGCGACGAACCCCAAUAUCGAAAUAACAUGGGACGGACUGCAAGCUGUAAGAGAGCCACAGGCAGCCAAAGCCGCUCUCCCACAACUUCCUCGCCAACCUGCCCAAGAUCACUGGAUUAAGUGUAUGACUGAAUUCAGAAGAUUUCUCUUCCAGGCAGAAGCCAAUUUCAACAAGAGCCAGAAUAUGGCAGUCGAAGACAUGAUUGACCAACCGGUAAAGGUGGCGCUAAUUGAUGAUGGCAUUAACAUUAAUGAAUUAGAGUAUUAUCCGGUAGGCGGAAGAAGUUUCUGCCCAAGAACAGAGGACAAGGCUUUCAAUUAUCCGUAUUAUGUUUCGAGCAGUGGCCACGGCACAGUUAUGGCAAGCCUUAUAUAUAGGAUAUGUCCACGAGCACAGCUCUAUGUCCUGAAACUAGCGGACCAUUUAGGUCGUGACGGGAGUCGUCAGAUCACAGCCAAGAGUGCUGCACGGGCAAUCAGCGAAGCCGUAAGGAUGCAAGUCCAUGUCAUCUCGAUGUCUUGGACUAUCGACCCCCCUAAAGAUGAGAAAACACGAAAUGAACUUGAAAGUGCGAUUGGCGAGGCAGUAAAGAAGAAGAUUCUCCUCUUCUGCUCAGCAAGCGACGGCGGAGCAAAAGAAGACCACAGCUAUCCGUGGAUAGCAGCUCGCGACAGAAUUUUCAGAAUAGGAGGGGCACACGCAUCAGGCCGAACAGAUGAUGAAGUCGGCAGUACAAGCCAAAUAAACUUUACAUUCCCCGGGAAUGAUGUUAUCUUGGAAGGCGUCGGUUCAAACCACGAAGUGAAGUAUCGAACCGGUUCUUCGGUUGCCACGGCUCUUGCUGCUGGUCUCGCUGCUCUGAUCCUCUACUGCGUUCAAAUCAGAAUACUACGUGCUAGCAAAGAAGACGCCGAAGUAUAUAAAUCAUACUUUAGGCAAUUGACGGAUCAUGAUCAAAUGGUGAAGGUAUUCAGGAGAAGCAUCGGAGUUACGGAGGAAAGUAACUAUAAGUAUAUCGCAGUAUGGGAUACGUUCGAAAAGCCUAUCAAGCUAAGCAAGGAAAAGGAUCCGGAAAGAUGGAUUGACCUAAUUGCUAGGGUUGGUGAAGAGCUCUGUAUGAAGAUUUCAACUUCAUAA